UUUUUUUUUUAGUUCUUCUUAUAACAUACAUGGACGCUAAGUUUAGAUCUUUAAGCAAACAAGCAGCGGAUUGUCAACGUCAUAUUUAUAAACUCAACAAUGUAGAUUCUUUAACUGUACAAGAAGAAGUAGCAAGUCUUUUAAAAAGUGAUAUACGUCAAUUGGAACAAAAUAUUCAACAAGUCAAGUUAUUAGCAGAUGAACAAGAUCGACAAUCUAGCAAGAAUGACAUUUUAAAUCGACUAGGGGAAUAUGAAAUACAACACCGUCAAUUACAAAUCACAGCAAGACAGGCCAUUUUGAAAUCAAAACAACGUAUUCAAAAAAAGGAACAAGAAACAAGAGAAGCACUUUUUGGAAGGAAAAAGGAUGAUUUUAAUGAAGAAUAUGAACUUCGUAAUCGAGGGAAGGAUGAUUCUUUAUUACGAGCAACAACAAAUGUGACAGAAGCUUUACAACGAACAAGUACAUUGAUGCAACAAGAAUUAGAAAAAAGUAGUUAUUCUGCUAGCAUUUUAGCUGAUUCUUCAAGAACAUUAUCGGCGACUUUUACGGAAUAUGAAAAUCUUGACUCCUUAUUGACUAUCUCCAAACGAAUGAUUACUCAUUUGGAAACUUCAGAUUGGUUUGAUCGGUUGUUACUUUUAUUUGGUGUGGCUGUAUUUUGCUUAGUUGUUUUAUAUAUUAUCAAGAAACGAACCUAUGAUGUUGGAAAAUCUUGGUUUUCUUGGAUCGGUUCAAGUAUAAUUAGUAGUCAUAGUAGUAGUAGUAGCAGUAGUAGUAUUAUAUCAUCCAUUAUCCCCUCAUCUUCUAUAGUAGAAACAUCAUCAUCAUCAUCAUCACUUACCCUGGUUCAUACAUCUACCCCUCUCUCUUCUGUGAUUCACACAUGGAAAGAGGAGUUGUGAUACAAUGAAUAAUAAAAAUCGUCUUAGGUUUUUAACUAA